AUGUCCUUCUUAAUGCUAUAUCCCGCUGUGGCCGUGUUAUCUCUAUUCAUCCUCUUGGUGAUCAUUCUGAUGCUUAGAUUUGGGGCCCGUUGGUGUAAGCUAAGACAUGACACCUUACCUGUACAUCAUGCAGUGGUACAAGGGUAUUGGAGGGAAGAUGAAGCGUAUGAACAGAAGGUUUCUUAUGCGUGACAGACAUGAUUAUUUUUAGUGUAGGCAAUGUUUAUAAGUAGUAUGUGGGGCACCUUUGCUCUAUUGUCGCGGUGGUAACUGUUGGUUUGAUACUACUGAAAUUAAAGACUAAUCUGACAUUUUACAAAUUCUUCCAUUUUUUAAUAAUGAAAUUUAUAAUACAAAUAAUUUGGUAUAUUGAUACCUAAAGAGAAAAAAAUUAGUCACUAGAUUACAUUAGAUAAUGGCAAAACCAGUUAAAUAAAGUUAUAAAGGAGGUGCUUGGCAGUUACCACUUCCCUGUGGCAAUAAUUAGUUUAAUUAGAUUUGGAUUUUUUGUACUAAAUGAUAGAUCAUAAGCAUUGUAAUGCCGCUUUAGAGUUUUUGUACUCAAUGGCAAGUAGAAAUCAUGAAAGUACAGUUGAAUGUGUAACAAUAUUUUCUCAUAUUAUGACAGUAUCUUAACCUCUAGCCGCCCAGAGACCUAUAAAAAGGUCGCCUGUUCCAUUCUAAUUUGAACUGUGUUGACAAAAUAAAAUUUCAUUUUGCUUGGCAAGGUUUGACGUAUGGGCGACUAGAGGUUAAAAAUGUUAAAUGUUAUAUAGAAUCAUUUAUUUAGUUAUGUACCUAUAGCUUAGGGUGAUAUUUCACCUGUCCAAUUUCUUUGUCCAAUGUGUAUUUGCGUCUCACAUUUUGCUUAGCGAGAGAGUGAAAUGUAAUCCACAUUGAACCAAGAAAUUGGACAGAUGGAAUACCAACCUUAGACAUGAAUAGGUACUGAGCUUUUGAAUACUUUUUUACCUUCUGAGUUAGAAAACUUAUGGUAGUCUGAUGAGAAUGCACUUUUGCAUACUCUUGCCUUAAUUUGAUUUUGAUAAUUUGGCGAGCUUUUACAUGGACCCCUUGACUUACCAGCUGGAGAGAGUGGAGAGUCCUAAUGGACUGAACUUUUUGCAUUUAACCUAGUUAAAAUACGCCAUUCUGUGCCUGAACACAUACCGUCCAUGCCAUUUAGUGCCUGAAAAAUAGUAGACAACGAAUAUUCACACGACCAUGGAUGUAAAACUUAGCGAAAGAAGAGAAAAGGAACUUGUUCAAAAAUAAAACAAAAAAGUAACCUUAAACCUUAUAGGUCAGACAUUAGUAAAAGGAAAGAAGUAAGGAAGAAAAAAGUCAAGACAUUAGACAUAGACAAGACUAACUUGGAGUUGGACUAAGAUAACUGCAUGAUAUUUGCAAUAACACCGUGUGGUAUUAUCAUCAUAAAUGUCAAUUUUCUAUGAAUAUAUGACUCAAAUAAUUACAUUGUGUGCAAAGAGAGCUUAGACAGAGUUUUUACACUCCCUUUUCUAUCGCUGUAGGUGAGCCUCGAAUCGAGUGUGGAUUGCUUUUAACUGUCGUUUGAAUAUUUGUUGCUGACUGUACAUACUUUACUCCGUCCUUAGAGAUCUGAUAGAUUAAGUUUAGAUGUACCUAUAAUUAUAUAUUUUUAUAUUUUAUUUUAAGAUUAUUAAUAAUUUUAUAUUGCGAUUUUGUAAUUUUCCGGCAGGUAACGUUCUAAUAUUGGAUUAUCUUACAUUAACGCUGUGCGAAUGUUGGGCAAUGCGCGAGACUUAUACUCGAUUUAGGUAGGUCUGGGGCCUUACAUUCGAGAAUCGAGAUGUACGAUUGUGAUUCUAGUUAACAGCGUUCGUUUCUUUUUAAGGGUUCCGUACCUCAAAAGGAAAAAAGGGAACCCUUCGUGCGUCUGUCUGUUCGUCUGUCACAGCCUAUUUUCUCAGAAACUACUGGACCAAUUAAGUUGAAACUUGGUACACAUAUGUAAAUUAGUGACCCAAAGAGGGACAUGUAACGUAAACAGAUGAAUUUUAAACAUGGGGGCCACUUUUAACACAAAUAAAGUUAUCAAAUGAAAGAGCUCAUUUUGAAAAUGUUGAAGUUUUUUUUUUAUAUAAUUUUAGUAAAAAGUAAAAGUUAUUUAAGAAAAUUGCCAAAAUCUCCGAAACUAUACCUACUUUGCGACGGUUUGUCAUAGAAAAGGAAACUUACACCUGCAAAAGUGCAAAUCAUCAGAAAAUUCGCGUUUGUACGGGACAAACGAUAGACAAUUUCAUGGAAUGUUCCAGAUGACAGGAAAACCUAUUAGAAGUGUCCAGUCAAGCGUGAGUCGCACUAAAUGUAAGGAACCCUUGGAACGCGAGUCCGACUCGCACUUGGCCGGUUAUUUUAGACCGGCGUUAUAUCGUAUAGUAGAAUAUUGUCUAGCUUUGUCAGAAUGUUAUACUUUAGUUGUUUACACUGCCUUAUCACUAGGACUAUGUGUUUAUUCGUAGUGAUUAAUAUUUUUUAUAAUGCAUUUAUUUGAAUAAUCUUUUUUAUUAUCCGUCCAAUAAAUUACUUAAUGUAAAUGAA